AUGGCAAACAUGUCAGACUGUAGCAUUACGCGUGGACCAUCUGCGGAGCAAUGGCGCACGCACAGAGACGAAAUCACUGCAAUGUACUUGCGCCAGAGCCUGAGUUGUAUGAGGAAACAUAUGGAUCAGCAAUACGGGUUUCGAGCAAGCAAGCGGAUGUUCGAUGCUCGAUUCAAAUCCUGGGGCGUACAGAAAAAUCUUCGCAGGGCAGACAAGGAGAAGUUCAUCCACGGCAUGACGAAGGCAACUUCUUUCAGUGAGAAUGACAUGAAGAAGGUCAAGCGUUUCCUCACGGCUCAGCAACGCCUCGACCGCAGCAAGAGCCUCUCGUCUUCUCCUGGAAGGGGCUAUGGGCAAAGCUCUUCCGAAGCCUCCUCGCCUCAUACUUCACAAGAGCAUACGCCCAGUAGCUCAGACCAGAGCAUCGUCGAUGGAAGCCCGUCCAGUGAGGCCAUCACCUCACCUCAGGGAUCCCAGAAUUUAUCCCAGAGACGUCUAUACAAUCCACUUGGGGUAGAUACUAUUCUUCCAAGCGAACGGCUGGACCGUCUAUCACUGGCAGCCACUUUUACUACUCCUUCUGGCACUUCUUUCAGAAAGGAUAACAACGACGAUUGCAUUCCCAUGACAAUGCAGUUGUCAUCAAGCGCGGCAGAUCGGAACGUGGAACUCUUGUGGACGACUAUGGACCAUUUCAUCAGCUUCAAGAUCCAGUAUACGCCGUCCAACAUAUCGCAGCACAUGUUCUUGAACGAAGGUGCCACUGACACUAGUCGAUCGUUCUGGGACAGGGUAGAGAACGCCAUCUACCAGUCCAAGAUUGGCAAUACCGAAGGUCUUGCAGUACCGGCAUUCAAUGACGCCAAGAGGCUACUUCAGUCCCUAUUCAGAAGCGGUCAGGUCUCCCUUGACUUCGUCCGAAAAGCUCUCUAUACGCUGUCACCGACCAAUACUGUAAUGUGCUCCGAGAGUCGUACUGAGCUCAUGAAGCUGAUCAGAGAGUACGCUGCCAAGGGGCUCGGCGUGGAUCAUCCAGUCACCAAAGUCUGUGCCAUCUUGCUGGCAGACGAGGAGUCCUCUGACCUGUCCCGCCGCGCUCUGCUCAAAAUGUAUGAGAUGAUCAGCGAUGGCUUUGGCGAUCAUGGGGAGUCACACCCUGCCUCUUGCAAGGUCAUGGAUUCGGUCAUCACGCUAGCGAGGCGUACAGGAGAGCAAGAGCUCAGGAAAGUGUCGAACCCUAGCCCCGCGAGACGAGCAAGAGAACUCGCCACUGCCAUAUCUCUGGCCGGAGAUGCCCACCAGCUCGCAAUCAUCCAAUUUGGUCUCGACUCCGUUGAAGCAAGGCAAGCGGCGUAUACACUUGCCGAGCUAUAUACCGUUACCCAAGACCAUAUUCAAGCGCACGCCCUCCGCCUAGAGAUCGUACAACGAGGAUCAUGGAGCAAGAUCGGUCCUUCGAGGUCCACGAUAUGUGAAGAUGCCAUUUCUGCGUAUACCAUGGAGUCGAUUGCCGAACACUGCGAGAAAGAGAACGACUACCAAGGCAGCACGACCUGGCUGGCACGCGCUGAUAGCAUUGCUUCGAAGAUCUGGGAUGACUCAAAUAUUUCAAGAACUCACAUAUCGAACAAGCUACACAACGCAUGUGCACGACUUGGUGAGAGCAUGAUAUCGGCGUCCGCAUGGAGAAGUCAGUCGCAUGGUCCCAUGUAG